CCGCCAUUGAGGAGCGCAGUGAUGUGCGGAUCGCUGACGUGGCGAGGCGUGAGGCGUCGGAUCGUGGAGAAAAACCACAAUCCGCGCCUCACCGCAUCGAACGGCAGCGGUGAAGGGCGCGGACGACGCGGAUUGAUGACGUGGCGGGGCGGGGCUAUCACCGCUUUUCUCUAUGGCGGUGAAGUGCCCGCGCGCAACCACGUCAGCGAUCCGCGCCCUCUUCACCGUUUUCCCAAUCAACGGUGAUAGUGGCUUCACCGUUUCUCAAAUCAACGGUCUCAGCAUCAUCGCUUUUAACAAGAGCGGGGAUGGCAUCACCGUUUUUGUCCAAAACGGUGAUAGCAUCACUGUUUUAGUUGAAAGCGAUGAUGCUAUCACCAUUUUUGACCAAAACAGUGAUUGCAAUCACUGUCUUGGUCUACAACAGUGAUGUUGAAACUGCUGUAUUUUGGGAAAUAAGUUUAUAAGUACUGUAUUUAAGGAAUUUUUUUUAAUAAUUAGAGUAUUUUGUGAUUUUUUUCCUACUCCGCCGGAUCUGUACGGCUGUACCGUCAUAGUCUGUCGAAAUGUGAAAUAUUCUCCAUAAUCUACGUUUAAACCCCUCUUAGAACCCUCAAUCGCCGUCCCGCCCUUCAUCCACCGCGCCCCGCCGUCGUGAUUUCCGCUUCCUCAAAAUGUCGAAUUGACAAUUUCUCCUCGUCUCCUGCCAUCACUAUGCCCACUAUUCAAACACAUUGCUAUCUCCCCAGUCCCGGCCUCGUCUCCAGGCGCUCUCUACUUCCCGGAGCUCCAACUCCAAUUGGGCAUGGGUCUUUGGGUUUCGUGUUCUCCGCCCCUUCCCACAGCGUUAAAUUCUCCUUCCCGGCAGACUCCUUCGGCAGGAAAAGUAGUUCUUUCGGUUCUGAUAAGGGCAGCGCCAACGGACAACGGCGGCGGCGAUGUGGGACGGUCAGGGCCGCUGGGAGAGACCACUACUCGACCUUGAACGUCGGCAGGAAGGCCUCGUUGCAGGAGAUCAAGAGUGCCUACAGGAAGUUGGCUCGUAAGUAUCAUCCGGACUUGAACAGGGGCCCUGGAGCAGAAGAUAAAUUCAAAGAGAUUAGUGCAGCGUACGAGGUCCUUUCAGAUGACGAGAAAAGGUCUGUGUACGAUCGUUUUGGAGAGGCAGGCUUACAAGGGGAAUAUGAUGGAUCAGCUGCUGGUUCUCCUGAGAUGGAUCCGUUUGACAUAUAUAACACAUUCUUUGGCGGUUCAGAUGGGAUUUUUGGAGGAAGGGAUGGCGCUGGUGGCUUUGGUUUCAAUUUCAGACAUACGGCAAAGCAAGACCUUGACAUCCAGUGUGACUUGUUCUUGAGCCUGGAAGAAUCUGUUUUUGGAGGAGAACAAAAUAUUGAAGUUUCUGGUUUUGAGACUUGCGGAACCUGUGAUGGAACGGGCGCCAAAUCUAGUGAUUGUAUAAAAUUUUGCACAGGAUGUGGUGGUAAAAGGGGUGUUAUGAAAACCCAAAGAACUCCUUUUGGAAUGAUAUCACAGGUAUCUACUUGCUCAAAAUGUGGCGGGAAGGGCAAGGUAAUCACUGAUUGCUGCCAAAGAUGUGGUGGCAGUGGCAAUAUAAGUGCAAAGCGGCAAAUUAGACUGAAUAUCCCGCCUGGUGUCAGCAAUGGAUCCACAAUAAAACUUCGAGGAGAGGGAAAUUUUGAUAAGAUGAGAGGCUUUGCUGGCAAUCUGUAUUUAAACAUCCAUGUCAAUGAAAAGCGUGGAAUUCAGAGGGAUGGUCUCAAUCUAUACUCGAAGAUCAAUAUUGACUACACCGAGGCUAUACUGGGGGCUGUAUUAAAGGUGGAAACCGUCGAAGGUGCAAAAGAUCUGCACAUUCCUCCUGGAAUUCAGCCUGGUGAAACCGUAAAAUUGUCGCGCCUCGGGGUUCCAGACAUAAAUAAACCUUCUGUACGUGGUGACCAUCACUUCACUGUCAAUGUUUUGAUCCCCAAGUAUAUCAGUGACAGAGAAAGAGCACUUGUCAAAGAAUUGGCGUCAUUCAAGUCGUCUAGCAAAGCCAAUGACACCUCCUCUGACAGCUCUGGGACAUUCAAAGGAAAUGCCAGGAGAGACAGGACUCAAAGGUCCAAAGGUGUUGCAUCAGUUUGGGGCACAAUUAAAGACUUCAUGGGGAAAAGAAGGGAUCAACAAAGAUUCUCAUCAGUUACCCUCAGCACACCACCAUUGACAUUGGCACGAAGUUCAGAGUCGCCGAUCCAGGUUUUGAUACUGGGAGUUGUGCUGCUGACAAUUUUCUUGACAUUCACACGGCGAAUUAACGAGAUGAAUGCGAAGAAGCAGUAACAAACAUGUACCGAAAAGAUGAAAGCGACAUGGAUAUUGGUCUUCCCAGAUGAACAACACAUUUCGCCAGUGCGAUCAACGAAAAAAUCCACCCUUGCCCCCCCCCCCCCCCUGCUUGCUACAUGAGCUGCCAAUUAGGUAAUCAAACAUCCAAACUGAAUUAGCAAAAUUUUAGCUUGAAACCGUCUUGUGAGUUGUGAGCAAUUUUGACUUGCUAGUUUUAGAAAGCAGGGAAAGUGAGGGACAGACAGCACUGGCACCAACACCCAAAUACGGUUGAAUUAAUGGUGUCUAGUCUAGGUCCCCCAUCCAUAAUGAGUAUAUCUGAUCUUUUUCACAGCAGGAAUCGGCUAACAGUGUCUCGUGCUGAAAGUGAAAGCUUUUCAUAUUUUGUUGUGGUAAUGUUAAUUUCUUGUGAGAUUAUGGUUAUGGGGCGACAGCUCGUGGGGGGUGCUAUUAUGAUUUUGUGAGCAUCCUCCAGCCCAUUGCCAAGCACUAUAGUGGUUGACAAGGUGUAGUGACACUCUGUUUAUUUAUCAUAUAUUGGUCGGCUAUAUCUCUAGCUGUUGCUGAGAUUUUGCCUUGGAUGUUAAAACUCUUUGAGGUUUAUCAUCUGAGUUCAGGAUUUGAUCAAAUGGUUUCACCUAUGUGAAUGUUUUCUUACCAGGGCGCCUCGCUCGUGCAGACCUCUUCGUUGAUAUACGUCGAAUCCAAGAUUGUAUGUUCAUAGAAUGCGAUCGUGCUACAAGGGUUUGACAGAUAAGAACGCCUCAUUUUUUAUGUACUUGUCUGGUUCGUCGGAUAACCCUCGUUUAUGGUGUAGUUGUCUAAAUCACUGAUAUCCACUGCCCGACAUCUCUGAUUGUCAUGCUGUGUAUUCUUGAAAACUUUUUUAUCCAUUUCUCUUCCGUAGAAAAGAGAUUGGAAGUGUGAACACCAAGAUGAGGUAGCAGCAUUUUGCACUGUAAAGUUGUGAGUUGGACUGUCAUGUGUGACACCAUUAAAAGGGUAAAAAGCUUCCGAUAAAGGAAAUGAACAUAUCUGUAAAAGCCAAUUUUGAAAGGUGAAGAGCGAGCAGGGGAGAGGGUGGACACAGGAGAGUAGAGUGAGACUUCAUUAAUCAUUAUUAGUCCUUUUUUUUACAUAUAUUUUAUGAAUGCCUAGACUCAAGUAUUAAUAUAAUACAAAAUACCUGUUGUGCAUGUGGUCGUUCAAUUGGGCCGUUGUCAAUUUUGUCAUAUGAUCUGUACUAAUAAAUAAAAUAAUUGAUUAUUUUGUUUUGAGAAAUAAUGGAAAUUAUUAUUAUUAAUGAGAAGAACUACCUACCAUACCAACAAAUUGAAAGAAAAGAAAACAAUUUGAACCCAAUGGCAUGGGAUCCCAAUCCGUUGAAUGGAUUUGGUAAGAUUCUUUCUUCUUGUUUCAAGGAAUCAUUUUGUUGACACCUUCCUUCCUCCCUACAAUUAGUUACCCACCGAGCUCUUGGUUUUGUUUUCUUUUGGGAAUUAACCAACCGGACAAUGAGCUGCAGAUUCUUGAUAAGUUGUUGUGGAGAAUCAAUAUUUCAUAUGAUCUAAAAUAAUAUAAACGAUCACGCUAUUUAGUUACAUUCUCCACAGUAAAAAAAAAAAAAGUGAAUAGUUAAAUAGUCUUUGCUAUCAUUAUUUGAGAUAUAUAUUGAAUUUCGUACCAAAUUUGUCGAAAUUUGGUAUUAUCGAAGAAACAUAAUAUUUUAUG